UCAGGAUUUAAGUGCGUGAAGUUGGCGAAGAAGAAAUAGAAAGAAGGAAACAGAAAAGGAGCAAAUACAAUGCCUAGAGUUGGAUCUGGAGCUGGAGCUGAGGUGGGGACCCCCUUGUUGUUGGACGAAUCGUGGGGGACGUGUUAGAUCCCUUCGACAAUUCAGUUGAAGAUCUGAGAGUGUCCUACGCUAAUAGAGAUAUCUACAAUGGCUGUGAUCUCAGACCCUCCUAUGUUGUCAACCAACCACGAGUUACUAUCGGUGGAGACGACCUCAGGAACUUCUACACCCUCGCCAUGGUGGACGCUGAUGCCCCCAGCCCCAGUGACCCCAAUUUGAGGGAAUAUCUUCAUUGGUUGGUGACUGAUAUUCCGGCAACUACCGGCGCCAGUUUCGGUCAAGAGGUGGUAACAUAUGAAAGUCCACGACCGGUGAUGGGAAUACAUCGGUUUGUGUUUGUGUUGUAUAGACAACUGGGGAGAGACACGGUGUAUGCUCCGGCAUGGCGCCAGAACUUCAAUAACAGACAAUUUUCUCAACUCUACAAUCUCGGGGCUCCCAUCGCAGCCGUCUAUUUCAACUGUCAGAGAGAGAACGGCACCGGUGGAAGAAGAUUAACUUGAAUCUAUUAUUACUCCUUUAAUUUCCCCCUUUUUUAAAAUUAUAUAUGUUGCGGAUGGGGGCCGCUUGAUGGCUUUCAAAUUCAUUAUAAUCUUACGUAUAUGUAUACGGACUCAUAUUGGAUCUAGAUAUCGAGCUAUAUAUAACAAAUAAAAAUUUUAGUUAUAGACAAAUUGUCACUGGUGGCCAUCCAUUAGCCUAGCGAGCCAAGGUUUGUAACUUUG